AUGAAGAAGCACAAAGUGCCAUGUAAAAAGUUUUACAGACAGAGGGCCCACUGCAACCCCCUCUCGGACAGCUACAUAAGGUACCCGGUAAACUGCAGCUACGUGGACUGGCGCGUUCACUACCCCCAUUUGCCCUCCGAGGGGUGCGACACACAAGGGGACACGAUCAAUAGUGUAGAAGCGAAGGAUACCACCGACGAGCACUCCCCGGUCCUCCAGCUAAACACGAAUAAGUACCCCAUCGACUACAACCAAAGUCCUCUCACAUAUACACCCCACGCAGAGGUAACCAUCCUAGACAUCGGAUGUGGGUAUGGAGGACUGCUAUUCGAGCUGAGCAAAAUUUUCCCUGAUAAGCUUAUCCUAGGCAUGGAAAUAAGGGACAAAAUUACCAACUACGUAGGGGAAAAAAUUCACUCGUACAGAAAAAACUAUUCCCCUCAUUACAAAAACAUUUCAGUCAUUAGGACAAAUGCGAUGAAGUUUUUACCCAAUUAUAUAAAAAAAAAUCAGAUUGAAAAAUUAUUUUUUUGUUUUCCUGAUCCACAUUUUAAAAAACAAAACUGGAGGAGAAGGACAAUCACUGUGGAAAAUCUCUCCCUGUACUACUACCUACUAAAGACAGGUGGCUUAAUUUAUUUCAUCACCGAUGUAUACACACUGUACUUGUGGGUCAAGUUCUGUUUUAGCAAGUACCCCAGCUUUCGCCUACUUAGCCCAGAGGAGUGCCAGGACGAUAUUUGUGUGCAACUCAUACAUAAGAGCUCGGAGGAGUCCAAGCGCGUGCGAAAAAAUCAGCAAGCCAUGUACUUUUGCGUCGCGCAGAAGGAGUAA